AUGGUCUUUAAGAGCUUCCACCUCGCGCGCCAGAGUCUUGCCAAAGGCUUCACUCACGGUUAUGCUCAAUCAGUAGUUGCUGGUGUUAGCCAGAACAAUCCACUCGCCUCCCUCCAACACGACCGCUUCCGCAAAGGCCUCAAGAACCAACAUGCCUUUGCAUCUACCUCGUCUACCACGAGCGCUCUCAAGGCGCUCGCCGUCGCACAACCCGAUCACCAGGACUCAGGCCUAGCCGCAUACUACACCGCGUGGCAGAAGCACCAGAGAACUGAUGACAAGGAAUGGUCGCAGUUUCAAUUCCGCAAGCUCAUCGAAUGGGACCCGGCAAGCGCCAAAAAUGUGGCCGAGGUCAAGGAAAGCAGCGUUGCUAUUGAAGAAACAGCAGACCCAGUUCCCGCUCCCGCUCGUGGCUCCAUCAAUCGCGCGUACAGUACCAGCCAGGUAGAAGAUUUCAAGAAGGCUGUCGGCAGUGAAGAGGCGGAAAAGAUUGCGCUUGCAAAGGUUGACGAAGCAAUUGCACAAGAGGUGGCGAAACACAAGGCUGGCAAUGAAUCCGUACAAGCCGCUGACGAAGUCUCCGCCAUUGAAGAGGUUCGAUCGCAAUCUUCUGCAACAGUCGACGACACUCUCGUAGGAUCGCCAACUUUCAGCCACACAGAAUCAACUAUCGCCACCAGCCCAAUUGAAGCCCACGAUGAGUAUACCGUACAGCUCCAGAAACUGGCCAUCAACCGCAACUAUGCUGAAGUUCCCGCCGUUUUCGAGGCUAUGCUCCGUUCCGAUGUCAAGCCAUCAGUCACCGCGUACAAUGCUCUGCUAUCCGCAGCGAUACACCUUCCCCGUGCACAACACCAAGUUGUUCCCAAGGCCCUGGAUGUAUACUCGGACAUGCUUCGUCGACGAGUCGUUCCCGACACCACUACUUACACCACUCUUCUCGAACUGCUUUCCGUCCGGUCUUUGGAAGUUAUUUCUUUGAAACAGAGCUUCGAAGACAGGCGACUACGAUAUGGCGGAAUGGAAGAAGAAGGAAGGUUCAUGCUCCAAUCGCACGAGACUGACUACGCUAUCCUGGCUGAAGAUGGAUCACUGUCAAUUGCCGUAAGGCUUUUUGAUGCCGCCGUCAGCAGUGAAUCUAGCCCCACUUUUUCGGAGAAGACUUACCGACUGCUUGUCACUGCCUGUGCGGAGAACGACCGUGUAGAGGAUAUGGUGCGAAUCUAUUCGCACAUGGAAUCUCGUGGCGUAACUCCGGCUGCUGACAUGUUCGUCCCAAUGAUCCACGCUUUCGGCAAGUCUGGUGACUUGAGGAGCGCGGUCGAGUGCUACGACGAAUACAAAGCCCUCGCAAUCUCAAACGACAAUGGCGAGAUUGAAAUCAGCAGGAAAGACAAUGACGUGUAUGCCGCCCUUGUCAAGGCAUACGCAGUUUGCGAUCGCCUAGAGGGUGCUCAAAAGUUUGUGUCAAAGAUCGAGAGCGGACUCACUGCACCUGAAGAAGUCACUUCGGUUCGUGACAUCGUAGGCCUCAAGGCUUUCCUCCCGGAGUGGCUGAAGAACGGUUCCUUUGAUGAAGCCUACGUACACGCCACCGAGUAUCUCAGCCCACAAGCCCGCCAAAUCGCCAUGGCUGCUAUUUGCAUCAAGGCUGCUGACCGCGACGCCGUCGAGGUUGCUACCCAGGCUUUCGAUGACCUGCCGGCCGAGGUUGACCUCUCUCGACCGGCUAUGGCCAUGGGAGCCAUGCACAUUCGCACUGGAAACAUUGAAGCAGCCGAGGUCUUCUGGAGGAUGCUUGAGCUGUCGCCGACGAAGCCCGACUUCAUUGAACCUACCGCUAUGCAUAGCAUAGCAUUGAUUGGUAGCGGACAUGCGGAACGUGGUCUUCGUCAGGGUCGUCAGAUGUUUGCUCGCAUACGGGACUCUCAGUCUGGCUCUACUCAAGCCAAGAUGGAGAUCGUAGAGCACAUUGACGAGGCUAUCGAGGUUAUGGGACAGUUCAUGAUGAAGCGUGGCAUCUUCCUUCAGCCGCGGGCUAGCAUGGAACUGAUGUGGACGAUGAUUGAAAACGGCGGCCUAGUCACCCCAGUUGCUCACCACCUACUUGCUGGAAUGGGACCUGAGGCCGUUGUUCAACUCAACUUCGACGACAUCACGCUCCUGAUGCAGGUCCAAUCCGGCAUCCUCCUUCAGGAGGCCGAAGUUGACGUUGCUCACGCUGCACGGUUCGCCCAUCUUCUCGAAGUCAUCACUGCCACCGGCACGCCAGUCAACAAGGCAACAUCUAGUCUUGUUGAGCAGGUCCUUGCCAAGCUCGACAGAGGUGACCUACAGCACCGUUGGUAUGCUUACAAGCACCCGUCCCCAGACGCCGUGUACUCUCCAGGGCAGUUUGCCAAUUAUCCUGUCCAAGCACCUGCCACUCCUGCAGCACCUUCUUUCGAGGACCAGUACGAUCCAUAUGCCGCGUCCACCGAUAACAAGGGAUCGGUUGCUAUUACCGAGCUGCUCGAGAAGACUCACGGUCGCUCAUCUAACCACCUCAAUGAGGCUUUGAUGAAGUUCAGGAACAUGCGCCGGGCUGGCCGCCACCCCCGAUUCUUUACCUAUGCCAAGCUCAUCACCGCAGCUGCAAAGGAAGACCGUUUGAAUCUGGCUCACGACAUCUUGAACCUCGCCAAGCAGGAUGUUCCUCUUCUACCGCAGUACCGCAUCGUCCGAUACGGUUGGGUUACUAUUCUGGAUGCAAUGGUCGCUGCUUGCCUUACUUGCAAUCAGCGUGAUCUCGCUGGCAGGUACCACCAAGACCUGCUUGAGAUGGGUGCUGCUCCUACCGCCAACACCUUUGGUCUCUACAUCACUACCCUCAAGGAGUCUACCAAGACUUUUGAUGAGGCGACCGAAGCUGUCAAGAUCUUCCUCCGCGCAAAGGCCGAGGGUGUUGAGCCCUCGUCCUUCCUCUACAACGCCCUCAUCGGCAAGCUUGGAAAGGCUCGCCGUAUUGACGACUGCCUCUUCUACUUCUCCGAGAUGCGCAACCUCGGUAUCCGACCUACCUCUGUUACCUACGGUACCAUUGUCAACGCUCUGUGCCGUGUCAGUGACGAGAAGUUUGCUGAGGAGCUGUUUGAGGAGAUGGAGAGCAUGCCCAACUACAAGCCUCGCCCUGCUCCCUACCACAGCAUGAUGCAGUUCUUCCUGACCACCAAGCGCGACCGCAGCAAGGUUCUUAGCUACUACGAGCGCAUGCGUGCUAAGCGCAUUGAGCCCACUACGCACACCUACAAGCUAUUGAUCGACACCUAUGCCACGCUUGAGCCAGUUGAUAUGGAAGCGGCAGAGAAGGUACUUGAACAAGUUCGCAGUGCUGGUGCCGUUCCAGAAGCUGUCCACUACUCGUCAUUGAUUCACGCCAAGGGCUGUGUGAUGCACGACAUGGAAGGCGCUCGUCAUCUCUUCGAUACCGUUCUUAGCGACAGCCGCAUGCGUCCCCAGGCCUGCCUCUACCAGGCACUGUUUGAAGCCAUGGUUGCCAACCACCAGAUUGCCGAUACCGAGUCUGUUCUCAUCGACAUGCGUGCCCGCGGUGUCGAGAUGACUCCUUACAUUGCCAACUCCCUCAUUCACGGCUGGGCUCUUGCUCACGACAUCGAAAAGGCGAAAGCCAUCUACGAUUCCGUUCCAGAGAGUAAGCGUGAGCCUAGCACCUACGAAGCCAUGACGCGUGCCUAUAUGGCCGUCGAGGACCGCUCAGCGGCCAUGACCGUCGUCAACGAGGGUCUUUCCCGCGGCUACCCCGCUGCCGUUGCCGGCAAGAUCCUUGAGCUUGUCGGUGGUGGUCGCGCCCCCGUAUCUGAAGUCGCUGUCUAA